GUGACGCUCAUCGUGUCUCAGUUUCCCUGAAAAAACAGUAGUCGUGUCUUGGUCAAGCCGCCUUGAGCUUUCCCUCGAAAAAAGGAGACCGCCUCCACCACCACCAGCUCUCCACUCCGGCGACUCGAGCGCUCCUCUCGCCGGUGGGCGGUGGUUCUGCGCGGCGGUUGCUCGCGUGUAGGAAAAUGUCAUCAAAUCCUGAAGAAGGCAAGCGUUAUGCACGCAGAGACCUUUUGCUCAAGAUCCAGUCAGAUGCUCAAAAGUGUUGGGAGGAUAGCAAAGUUUUUCAUGCUGAGCCGGGCAAUAAAUCUCCAGGCCCUGGUGAAAAAUUCUUCGGCAACUUUCCGUAUCCUUACAUGAAUGGAUUGCUUCAUUUGGGACAUGCGUUCUCAUUGUCCAAGCUUGAGUUUGGUGCUGCAUACCACAGACUCCGUGGCUCAAAUGUUCUAUUGCCAUUUGCUUUCCACUGUACUGGGAUGCCAAUCAAGGCCUCAGCUGAUAAGCUGGCCAGGGAGAUACAACAGUAUGGAAACCCUCCAGUGUUUCCUCAACCAGAGAAUAAUAAUUCAAGUGCUGAAGUGGCAGAUGAUAGAGAAGUUGAGCAGGCUUCUGCCGUUACCCCAGAUAAAUUUAAGAGCAAGAAAUCUAAGGCUGCUGCAAAGACAGGCAUGCAGAAGUUCCAAUGGGAGAUCAUGAAGAGCUUUGGCCUGUUAGAUGAACAAAUUGCCAAAUUUCAAGAUCCUUAUCACUGGUUGACCUACUUCCCUCCGUUGGCGGUGAAAGACCUUAAGGACUUUGGCUUAGGUUGUGAUUGGAGGCGUUCAUUCAUAACCACCGACAUGAAUCCUUUCUAUGAUGCUUUUGUUCAAUGGCAGAUGAGAAAGCUCAAGAAAAUGGGGAAAGUUGUCAAGGACCUGAGGUACACAGUCUACUCCCCAUUGGAUGGCCAACCUUGCGCCGACCAUGACAGGGCAACAGGUGAAAAUGCACAGCCACAAGAAUAUGUGCUGAUUAAAAUGGAGGUGAUUCCACCUUUUCCCCCAAAGUUGAAGGUCUUGGAAGGAAAAAAUGUUUAUUUGGCAGCAGCUACAUUGAGACCAGAGACUAUGUAUGGCCAAACAAACUGUUGGGUGCUGCCUAAUGGAAAUUACGGGGCUUUUGAGGUCAAUGAUGCCGAUGUCUUCAUUCUGACAGCAAGGUCUGCUCUUAAUCUUGCAUAUCAGAAUCUAUCCAGGGUCCCCGAAAAGCCAACCUGCUUAGCUGAGCUUUCUGGCAACGAUUUGAUUGGUUUGCCAUUGAAGUCUCCUCUUUCCUUCAAUGAAAUCAUAUAUGCGCUUCCCAUGCUCACUAUCUUAACAGAUAAAGGUACUGGCAUUGUGACUAGUGUUCCAAGCGAUUCGCCAGACGAUUUCAUGGCACUGCAAGCUUUAGUCACAAAGCCGGCAUUGAGAGCAAAAUUUGGAGUCAAAGACGAGUGGGUUCUUCCAUUUGAUAUUAUACCAAUAAUCGACAUUCCUGGAUUUGGAGACAAGUCAGCUGAGAAGGUGUGUGUUGAUCUUAAGAUUACGAGCCAAUAUGACAAGGAAAAACUUGCUGAAGCGAAAAGGAUGACAUAUCUUAAAGGGUUUACAGAAGGAGUGAUGGUUGUAGGGGAGUACAAUGGCAGAAAGGUUGAAGAAGCAAAGCCACUGAUUAAGAACAAGCUUUUGGAAGAAGGCUUGGCUGUUUUGUAUAGUGAGCCUGAGAAAAAAGUUAUGUCAAGAUCUGGUGAUGAGUGUGUCGUUGCUCUCACAGAUCAAUGGUACAUAACUUAUGGUGAGGUUGAAUGGAAGCAGAAGGCGGUCAAAUGUUUGAAGAACAUGAAUACAUUCUCAGCUGAAACUCGUAAUGGGUUCGAGCAUACAUUGGGCUGGCUGAACAAGUGGGCUUGUUCACGUUCUUUUGGCCUAGGUACUCGCAUUCCAUUUGAUGAACAGUUCCUUGUAGAAUCUCUUUCUGAUUCAACCCUAUACAUGGCGUAUUACACGAUUGCGCAUCUUCUACAAAAUGGUGACAUGUAUGGAAAAGAAAGAUCUUCUAUUAGGCCAGAGCAAAUGACGGAUGAGGUAUGGGAUUAUGUUUUCUGUGAUGGUCUGGCACCCAAAAGCGACAUCCCUCCUGCUCUGUUGAGCAAAAUGAAGCAAGAAUAUGAGUACUGGUAUCCCUUGGAUAUUCGGGUAUCUGGUAAGGAGCUUAUCCAGAACCAUCUGACAUUCAGCAUUUACACUCAUACAGCACUCCUUCCAGAGCAUCAUUGGCCUCGUGGCUUCCGCUGCAAUGGACAUCUUAUGCUUAACUCUGAGAAAAUGUCCAAGUCCACAGGGAAUUUCCAAACUCUUGGGCAGGCCAUUAAAGAGUACUCUUCAGAUGCCACCAGGUUUGCCCUUGCUGAUGCGGGUGAUGGUAUGGAUGAUGCAAAUUUUGUCACUGAAACUGCAAAAUCUGCCAUCAUGAGGCUUACAAAAGAAAUUGCAUGGAUGGAAGAGGUUAUAGCUUCUCAAUCUUCUCUGAGAUCUGGUCCUCCCUCUACUUAUGCUGACCAUGUGUUUGCCAAUGAGAUCAACAUUGCUGUGAAUGAAACCGAGAAGAGCUACAAUUCCUUUAUGUUCAGAGAUGCCUUGAAGUCUGGGUUCUAUGACCUACAAUUGGCUAGAGAUGAGUACAGGCUCUCUUGUGGAGCGGCAGGCAUGAAUCGUGAUUUAUUGGUGCGGUUCAUGGAAGUUCAGACGAGGCUCAUCACCCCAAUUUGUCCACACUAUGCUGAACAUGUGUGGCAGAAUAUCCUAAGGAAGGAAGGUUUUGCAGUAAAGGCUGGAUGGCCUAUCGCAGACACUCCCGAUCCUACUCUAAGAAUAGCAAACAAGUAUUUACAGGAUUCAAUUGUUUUGAUGAGGAAGCUGCACCAGAAGCAAGGAUCAGGCUCCAAGAAACCCAAGAAGGGCGCGGCACCACCUCGGGCCGCAGAGAACAAGCUCACUGUCGGUCUCAUAUAUGUCAACGAGCACUAUGACGGAUGGAAAGAGCAAUGCUUGAGGGUGCUUCAACCGAAUUAUGAUAGCCAAACACGUUUGUUUGCCCCUGACGAGGACAUUAGUGAGGCACUGAAGAAUUGCUUCGUUGAACAUGAAGCAAGCUUCACACAAGUCCAGAAGCUCUGCAUGCCUUUCAUCAGGUUCAAGAAAGAUGAAGCAAGGACUAUUGGUCCCCGAGCUUUGAAUUUGAAGCUUCCGUUUGGUGAAAUGAACGUGCUUGAGGAGAACCUGGAGCUGAUCAGAAGGCAGCUGGGCCUUGAGCAUGCAGAGGUGCUGUCAGCAUCUGAUGGAGCUGCUCGUGCCAGAGCUGGACGGCAUGUUUCUGUGCUGAACAACAACCCGCCUUCCCCUGGGGAGCCAGUUGCAAUAUUCAUGAGCAAGCAGGAGUUCGAAGCCCAAAACUAAGCUCAGCUUCAUCGAUGUGAGGAAAGGACAGUUGGCGUGCUUGACUGUGUGAGGAUCCAAGAAGGUUAAGGAUUCAGAAAUGGUAGGCAUACUGUUUGAUGUGGCUGUUCAUUCAUGGGAGUGACUUCGAAUUCUUCAUACGCAAGAACUGAGGAAGUGCAGUCAUUGGGAAAUUGUAUCAUACUUGCACGCGUUGACACGUAGGACGCCCACGAUCAGUCCCGCCUGCAGCCUGACAUGACAUGUUAAUUUGGCAGGUUUCCUGUGUUUAGACUUGAACGUACUGUUUAACCUCGUGUGGAUAUUACAAAGGAAUAGGUUGAUGCGUGAGAAGGGUUCCUGAGCUCCAUGCUCUUGUACAAGCUGAUCCUGUCUACUCUCUCCGUUAAAAAAUAGAUGACUCAACUUUAUACUUAAGUUAGUAUAAAGUUACUGUCAGCUCAAAA